UCAGUCGCGAGGACCUCGUACGUGAUUGGUCAGAGCUCAGAGAGCGGGUGAGAUACGUUGCUAUCACGCUGAAAUGAAACCAAAUUAACAGAAAAAGAAACUAAAUAGCCAGUAAAUACUACGAGACAAGCCGCUGUCGAGUUACGGAAAGGGGAAAAAACUGAGUUACUAAAGGGUGAAGAAGAAGAUGUGGAAAUUAAUGCAGCUGUCGUCCAUUAUAAGUCUAUAGGUGGGAUGGUGUGUGAGAGGUGUCUGUAGCGGCAGACGGCAGCAUGGCCCACUUCGAUACAGAGUACCAGCGCCUGGAGGCGUCCUACAGUGACUCUCCUCCAGGAGAGGAGAAUCUGUUGGUUCAUGUAGCAGAGGGCUCAAAAUCUCACUGGCAUCACAUUGAAAACCUGGACCUCUUCUUCCAAAGAGUCUAUAAUCUUCAUCAGAAGAAUGGAUUCACUUGUAUGCUUCUGGGGGAAAUCUUUGAGCUCGUGCAACUGGUCUUUGUGGUGACUUUCACUGUUUUUCUGGCCAACUGCGUGGACUACGACAUCCUGUUUGCCAACAAGUUUGUCAAUCAUACCGACUCAUCCAAGGUGACGCUUCCUGAUGCGUUUCUUCCCGUGGAUGUGUGUCAUGCUCGGAUUCGUGAUAACGUCUUUGUUAUUUUCAUUCUGGUGAUAUCUGGGGUGUUCUGGCUCCAUCGUUUGGUCAAAUUCAUCUACAACGUCUGCUGCUACUGGGAGAUCCGCUCUUUCUACAUCAACGCUCUGAAAAUGUCAAUGGCGGAUCUUCCUUAUUUCACCUGGCAAGAGGUGCAGGCGCGGAUCAUCGAGAUCCAAAAAGAGCAUCAGAUUUGCAUCCACAAAAAGGAACUCACCGAGCUGGACAUCUACCAUCGCAUCCUGCGCUUUAAGAACUACAUGGUGGCGAUGGUGAACAAGUCCCUGCUGCCCAUCCGUUUCCGUUUACCCCUGCUGGGUGAUUCAGUCUUCUACACGCGCGGCCUCAAGUACAACUUCGAGCUGAUCUUCUUCUGGGGUCCCGGCUCUCUCUUCGAGAACGAGUGGAGUCUUAAGUCCGAAUACAAGCGCGGAGGAAACCGGCUGGACUUGGCCGAUCGCCUGAGCUCGAGGAUCUUGUGGAUCGGCAUUGCCAACCUGCUCCUGUGCCCAGUCAUUCUGAUCUGGCAGAUCCUGUACGCAUUUUUCAGCUACACGGAGGUCAUUAAACGCGAGCCUGGCAGCCUCGGGGCUCGCUGUUGGUCACUGUAUGGCCGCUGCUACCUGCGCCACUUCAACGAGCUUGACCACGAGCUCAUGUCUCGCCUCAGCAAAGGCUACAAGCCGUCGUCCAAGUACAUGAACUGCUUCAUGUCACCUCUGCUCACAGUGGUGGCCAAGAACGUAGCCUUCUUCGCCGGGUCCAUAUUAGCCGUGCUCAUUGCUUUGACCAUAUACGACGAGGACGUGCUGGCUGUAGAGCACGUUCUCAGCAGCAUCACACUCCUCGGGGUUUGCGUUACAAUCUGCAGGUCGUUUAUUCCCGACAAGCACAUGGUGUUUUGCCCUGAGCAGCUGCUCAAAGUGAUCCUAGCACACAUCCAUUACAUGCCGGAUCACUGGCAAGGCAACGCCCACCGUUAUGAGACCAGAGACGAGUUUGCUCAACUUUUCCAGUAUAAAGCUGUGUUCAUCCUAGAGGAGCUGCUCAGUCCCGUCAUCACACCCUUCAUCCUCAUUUUCUGCCUGCGCCGUAAAUCUCUGGAGAUCAUCGAUUUCUUCCGGAAUUUCACUGUCGAGGUGGUGGGUGUGGGAGACACCUGCUCUUUUGCUCAGAUGGACGUCCGACAUCACGGCCAUCCAGCGUGGAUGUCUGCGGGGAAGACAGAGGCCUCGAUCUACCAACAGGCGGAGGACGGGAAGACUGAGCUGUCCCUCAUGCACUUCGCCAUCACUAAUCCUCAGUGGCAGCCUCCAAGAGAGAGCACACAUUUUAUCAGCCAGCUGAAAGAGAAAGUGCACCGCGAGGCCACUGGGGGGCAGCAGGGGAACGCAACGGAAAACCUCACUUCCGCUCACUUGCUACAGUCCGAGUCUGAGCCUCGAAGUCUCAUCGCUAACCUCCUGGCUGGACCGCCGUCCUUGGCCUCGCUACACCUGGGUCGAGACGGCUCCAUCAUCAAUCACUUGUCGAUGGGAGCGAGUGAGGGUGCGUCGGCUCUGCGCUCCCUCUCCCCCCUCAGCACCAGCCUGCACCUGAGGGCCAGUUACCCGUCCUCCAGGCCGUCCCGACUGGACCACCCUGCAGUGGCAGCAGGCAGAGCCAUGGCAGGCUCCGGGACUGAUGCUCGCACUGUCAGUUCAGGUAGCAGUGCUUGGGAAGGUCAGGUGACCAGCAUAGUCCUAUCAGAAUAUGCCUCCACAGAGAUGAGUAUUCACGCCCUGUACAUGCACGAGAUGCACAAGCAGCAGUCCUGUGUCGAGAUCUCGCGCCACACGUGGCACAGGCAGGAGAGCGACGAUAGCAGCGAGAGCGCCCAUGAUUACAUUGAGGCGACACGCAACCUGCCACGCUCCAACACUUUCCCCUGCAACACCACUCCCAACCAGCAGGGGGCCACAGCCCAGAGCAGCAUCAGUCAGUACGGGGGAAUUACAGGUCCUCGGGUUCAGCGCACGGCCCGGAUGCCGAUGGGAGGCUGGGAGGAGGAGCCUGUAGCAGAGGAGGGUUCUGAAGAUGAACUUCCACCACAUGUUCAUAAGGUGACAUAAUGAAGAAGAUCUCAGACCUUCAGCUUAACAGAGGAAAAACAAACAAAAACAAAACACUGAACACUGGAAAAUGUAUUUAUUCACACUUUGACAGCACUGAUGCUUAAAACCACGUGUCACAGUAAAAUAUGACAUGUGCAAAUGACUUCAAGAGGAACCAGUGGGUAAAUAAUUAUCAUAAUCAUCAUAAUAGUCAUCAUCGUAAUUGUUAUCAAAUGAAUUACUCAACAGCAUUUUUGAAUUACUUGCAAUUAAAUAUUCGGGCCUGAAGUUUAGUAUACAUUUUGCUUGUCUAAUGCAAUGAUGAAGAGAUUAUUUUAGCUAGGUGAAGGGGAAAAACAGUGUGAUUUUAUUAUUUCUUUGUUUUUAAGGUGUUCAGAUUAUGCAAAUAGAGAUGCACAUUGAUUAUCACUCUUAAAACUAAUAUCCUUAAUCUUCUGUUUGAUGACUAAAAAUCCAGAGGAAAUCUGAAGAUUAAGAUUUAUUUUACAGCCAGGUGCAGGUUUGAAACUUAUUCAUCAAAGCAUGGCUGUGACAAAAGCGAAACAAAACUCGUACACUGAGACCUGCAUGUUCUUUACUCUCUCUAAAGUUUGCACACAUGAGAAUGCACUUUAGCGUUUUGUCAAAUCCAAAGGAUGUUUUUAGCAUUUUUUUUACCCCCUUUUGUGCCACAGUGUAUGUAUGUAAGAACUCCAACGUGGGUAAGAGAGGGAACUGGUGCUCGGGUACAUCAUAAAAUAUCGUAGUGAUUUAACAAAAUGGACUCAAAGACUGGUGAAGCUUUGAAAAUCAUUGCCAUAGGAAAUGUUUUUUUGUUUGUUUUUUUUCCAUGUACAGAUAUGUAUAAAGGAAAACUGUAUUUGUGCAAAAAAAAAAACCUCCGAAAUGCAUCUGAUGCAUGAACAAGUUAAAUCAUUUUGUGAACUAACUUAUGAGCUAUACAUGUACAUCUUUGCAUCAUUUAUUUUGCUCUUUUUAUAGACUUGAGUUGUAAUAAUGUAAAUUUGUACAGCUGUAAAUUCAUUAUAAGGAGGUGUUCAAUAAUUUGUGCAUUCAAAGCUG